AUGUACAAACAUAUUGUGAUUUGCGGUGGCUCCUGCAGAGGUUGGCCAGAUCAGCUUUUGGGUGGCUUGCCCAACGUGUACCUCUAUGCGGCCAACAAUCCUAGUGAGUCGAUCCUGGCCAAAAGGCGUGGCUAUGGCUGCUUGGUCUCCUACAACGUUCCACCCUACGCCCGAGCGGGGCUCUACAAGGAGCUCCAAAGCGUAAGGGGUUUGCUGUCCGAGCUGUUGGAGCGACGGGAGAAUGUGGAGGGCGAGGGCCAACGCCUCCGAGCAGCGGCGCCAGCCGUGCCGGCAGCGGCACCCGCGGCAUCCGCGGCAGGCGACGGCGAGCCUGUGGAGCCGACAUUGGAAGCGGCAGUGAUUCAGGCCGUGGUGGCAGCGGGGCUUCAGAAGGAUUUGCCCUUCCCCAGCGACGUUCAGCAGGCUAUCUCUGCCGCGGGCGACGAUGUGGAUGCGGCGGCCGCCGCCGGGGCGGCUGCCUUCGAGGUGGAGGGCUUCGAGGACUAUGCCGGACGACUUCGGAGUUAUUUGGCCGAAUUGGAGGCCACGCUCUUCUCGGAAGGUCUGCAUACCUUGGGUCAGAGCCCGACCACCGAGGAACUUCGAGGCUAUUUGAUGGGUUGCUUCGAAGAGUCGGCACUGCCCGAGGCAGCCAUCGACGCCCUCGCCCGUGGCCGCAGUGUCGCGGAGGUCCUCGCGCAAUGCGGUUCGGAGAGCGGCGAGCUGCGGGAGCAGUUGAGGGCAGCGCGUGAGACGGUCAGCCUAUUGGAGAGGAAUGUGGAAGAGAUCUCAGGUAUGUUGCGAGCACUGAACGGCGAAUAUGUGCUCCCGGCGCCGGGCGGCGAUCUGAUCCGCGACGGGGCGGCGGUGCUGCCGACGGGGCGCAACAUCCACGCCUUAGACCCCUAUCGCAUCCCCAGCCAAACCGCUCUUCAGCGUGGCCUGGCAGCCGCUGAGAAGACCAUCGAAGGGUACCGCGCUGAGCAUGGCGAAUACCCGGAGACCAUCGCGGUGAACCUGUGGGGCUUAGAGGCCAUCAAGACCCGUGGUGAGUCAGUGGCCGUGGCCUUGGGCCUCAUCGGCGCCCGGCCGGUCUGCGAGGCGACCGGCCGGGUGGCGCGCUAUGAGCUGAUUCCACUGCAGGAGCUGGGCCGCCCCCGCGUGGACGCCUUGUGCUCCCUGAGCGGCAUUUUCCGCGAUAGUUUCGCCAACAUCGUGGAGCUGCUGGACGAUGCCCUGGCGCGCGCCGCGCAGAGCGCAGACGAGCCGGUGGAGCAGAACUUUGUGCGGAAGCACUACCUGGAGCUCCUGGAAGAAGAGGAAGAUGAGGAGGCUGCCCUCUCGCGCAUUUUCUCGAAUGCUGCCGGGGAGUUUGGCUCUUUGGUGAAUGAACGCGUGGUGGCUGGCACCUGGGAGCGAGACGAGGAGCUGGGUGAGACCUGGGCCUCGCGGAACGCCUUCGCCUUCGGACGCCAGCAGAAGGGUGUGUCACGCGCCAAGGUCUUGGAUAAGUUGAUGUCCACGAGUGGCUCCUUGGUGCAGCUCACCGACAGCGUGGAAUACGGCUUGACCGAUAUCCAGGAGUACUACGCCAACUCUGGCGCCAUGGUCCGGCGUAUGAGUGAUUUGCAGGGCCGCAAGGUGGAUGCCUUGGUGGUGGACACGACCCAGAAGACGGUAGCACCACGGAAGUUAGACUCGGUGCUGCGGAUGGAGUACCGGACGAAGCUGCUCAAUCCCAAGUGGGCAGAGGCCAUGGUGGCGCAGGGCUCCGGUGGCGCCUUUGAGGUAUCACAGCGGAUGACGGCGCUGCUGGGCUGGGGCGGCACCACGCGCUUCGCCGAGGAUUGGGUUUGGGACCAGAGUGCGGCGCGCUAUGUCUUAGAUGAGGACAUGGCCCGACGUCUGAAGGAGAGUAAUCCUGAGGCCUUUCGGAACAUCGUGGGCCGACUCUUAGAGGCUCAGGCCAGGAAUUUGUGGAAUGCGCCAGAGGAUCUCUUAGAACGAAGCCGGGACGGGCUCCACAGGCCCCUCAUGUCAAUGGGGUCGUUCAUCGUCUACAUCCGCAGGAAAGAACUCCAGCGAGACCAAGAGGAAGCGGAACGAGCGCAGACCGCGGAACGGCCGAGGAGGGUCAGCGCAGCUUCCGGACGCCUUCGGCAAGGCCGAGGACUUCCCCUCGGUGCCCGCCGCGGCGGGUCUGUGUCCCAUCUGCCUGGACGAGUUGGACGAUGGCGAGGUGGUGAAGGAAUUGCCAUGCCGGCAUCAAUUUCAUUCCACCUGUUUGAGUAGCUGGUGUGCUCACGGCACCAAUCGCUUCAUCAAAGCGGCAAGAUGCCCAAUCUGCAGACAAAAGCACGCGUUUCACAGAUGAGAAGAUCGGCUGAAGAUCGGUGUAGAUAGGUGUUUAUUUCGAGUUUAAAUCCAGUCUUUGCCCAUUUCAUCCCAUUUCCAUUUUUCGGGUACUGGCACCGCAAGAGCGAGCGCCAAUGAGGAAUGGCGCAAUUUCGCCCGGCAGACCUGAACCGGUCCAAACCGCCCACCCGAGUGGCAACGUUG